ACUUUUAAUGAUUGCUCAAGUUCUUGCACGCUCCACUCGACUUGCUCGUCCCACCAAUAUGCUUCGUCGUGGUGGCCAUGGCCCCGCUUCCUACAAUGAACCUGGAGGAUACCUUUUCAAUGAAAAGGUCCGAGUUAAGGAAGAUUGGGAAAACAUUUACUAUGCCGGUAUGGGUGGCGGUUUUCUCAUUAUGGCUGUUGCUUUAUAUUACAAGCCUGAUACUAGUGUUGUCACUUGGGCCAAGAAGGAAGCUGAAAAGUCAUUAAAGGAAAAGGGUGUCAGCCUUGAAUACACCAAGACUGCAUAGAUAUUCAUUAUUUAAUCGACACCUAUAUACACUCAUGCACAUCACAGACGCAUUUCAACCAGUUUUUGAAUAAAAUUGCUUUACGAACCAAUGUUUGAAGAACAACCUUUCAUGUUUAAUGACAC